AUGUCUCAGAUUCCUGAGUUUUAUCGGGACCGGAUUGAUUUUGCCCUUGGGAUGGUGAUGGUGAUAGUGAUAGUGGCAGAUGAUUUUUCAGAUGAAAGAUCCAGAUGGAUCAUAGACGAGUCCACUGGGGAUCGAGUGAAGCUCGUAUGCGCCAACUGGGAAGGGCACGUCUCCAUGUUGCCAGAAGGGCUGAGUAAAAGUCCCUUGGAUGACAUUUCUAGGCACAUUUCCUUGUUGGGAUUCAACUGCAUUCGUCUCACCUGGGCCGUCUACAUGUACACCCGCCAUGCACAUGUAACAGUGGCUCAGCAUCUGCAGGAUCUGAACCUGACGGAUGCCCUCGCCGGAAUCCAAAGACAUAAUCCUCAACUUGCAAGCCUCACACUUGUGGAUGCUCAGAAGGCUGUUAUCGAGUCAGUUGCCUCCCAUGGUGUAAUGGUGUUACUUGAUUGCCAAGUUAGGAAGCCUAUGUGGUGUUGCAAUGACAAUGAUGGGAAUGGAUUCUGGGGAGAUGCGUAUUUCGACCCUCAUGAAUGGUUAAGAGCCUUGUCUACAGUGGCUAAAAGAUACAAGGAUAUGCACAUGGUCAUGGCGAUGAGCUUGAGGAAUGAGCUCCGCGGUCCACGCCAGAAUGAGACUCUCUGGUAUCACUGGGUUGAGGAAGGAGCAAAAACGAUCCACAGGGCUAAUCCAAAUGUCUUAGUACUUGUAUCAGGUCUGAAUUAUGAUCUGGAUUUCAGGUUUCUCAAAACAAAGCCCCUGAAAUUGGGGAUUGGCAAAAAGAUGGUCUACGAAGCACAUCAGUACGCAUUCAGCGAUGGACAGGACGGUCUAUGGUUAAACAAAUCGGUGAACUGGAUGUGUAAAAAUAUGAUCGAGGAUGUAGAGGAUAGAGUAGGAUUUCUGUUCAGGGGAAGACAUCCUGCUCCUCUGUUUAUUACUGAAUUUGGUGGUGAUCAGAUGGGAGACAACACAGCCGACAACUAUUUCUUGACUUGUUACAUAAGUUGGUUAGCAGAGAAUGAUCUUGAUUGGGCCCUCUGGGCUCUGCAAGGAAGCUACUACCUUAGGGGUGGAAAACACGAUCCUGAGGAAACAUUUGGACUGUUUAAUUCCAGUUGGGGACCUCUGAGAAAUCCACAAUUUCACACCAAGCUGCAACUUAUACAACGGACGCUCAUUGAUCCCAGAUCAAAGGUCAAAAAUUACUUGAUAUUGUACCAUCCACAGAGUGGUUACUGUGCCAAGGUUGCCGAGAAUGAGGUUCGUGCGACUGAUUGCUGGGAUGCGAGUCAAUGGAGCUAUGAAGGAGAGGGAACACCGAUCAGAUUGAAGGGAAGCGACUUGUGUUUGACAGCAACUGGGGAUGGAUUACCUGUGGCUCUUACGCGGGAAUGCCUGACAGGGCAAAGUGCUUGGGAACUGGCUCCGAAUUCCCAGUUCCAGUUAGCCAGCAGAGAUGAUUACGGGAAUGACUUGUGCUUGGAAUUCAACCCAUACUAUUCUAAAAGGAUUCUAACCAGCAAGUGCAUUGUUCCUGAGGAAGAUGAUCCCCAAAAUCCCCAGGGCCAAUGGUUCAAACUCAUUCAAUCAAAUAUACACUAGAUUUUUGUUUUUUUUUUUUGGGUUAAUUUCUUUUUUAGG